GUUUUUGUCCCCUUGUCCCUAGAUACCUGUGAACCACCACCACCUUUUGAAGCGAUGGAGCCUGUUCAUAAACUUAAACCUUUUUACAGCGUUGGGGAACAAGUGCUAUACAAGUGUAAAAGAGGGUACUCGAUUGUGCUUCUGUUAUCCAUGACUACCACCUGUGACAAGAAUCUGACAUGGACACCGGUUAGAGAUAUCGUUUGUGGUAGAGAUCUUUGUAACACUCUCCAAAAUCCUGCAUUUGGCUGGGUAUACUACCCCACUGGGUCUUGGGCAUGGGGUAACAAGGCGCACUUUGCUUGCCAGGAGGGAUAUUACUUAAUUGGUCAAGAAAUUCUACACUGUGUGCUUAAUAAAGAUGCUGAGGCCGUUUGGACCGGAACUCCCCCACAAUGUGAAAAGAUCCUUUGUACACCACCUCCAAAAAUUAAAAAUGGAACACACACUUUUACUGAUAUAGAGGUAUUUAACUUCCGAGAAGCUGUCACUUACAGCUGCGAUCAGAUCCCCGGACCAGAUCAGCUUUCACUUGUUGGCCAGAAAAUUCUGUAUUGUGCAGGCAAUGGAGUUUGGAGCAGUGAUCCUCCUGAGUGCAAAGUGGUCAAAUGUCCGUUUCCAGUACUUGUAAAUGGAGAAAUUACCUCAGGAUUGGCAAAAAAUUUUUCCUACCAGGCAGCCAUUACAAUUGAGUGCAAAGAAGGUUUUUACCGAAAUGGCACUGACAAAUUUGUCUGUAACGGAAACAGUGCUUGGGAUCCCCCGAUAUCACCCUGCCUUAAAGGUCCUAGACCUACUCAUCCCAGGAAGCCUGCAGUGUAUGAAUAUCCAGGAUAUCCUGAGCCAAAACAAGGACUCUUUGACCAAGAACUAGAUGCAUGGAUCAUUGCUCUGAUUAUUCUUAUUUUCAUUGUUUCAAUUGCUAUCAUUUGUCUCUGCCUAUACAGGAUUCUUGGCCCCAGAAAGAAAGGAUCGAAGCAAAGUAAAAGCGGUACUAUUGCCCAGGAAGCUAAAAGUUCCAGAAUUCUCAAUAAACAGUCAAGUCAAAAAUUCGCCACUCUCAAGUGAUAUAUAUAGAAACAUCACUUCGAAGAGUUCAAAGAUUUUAAGAGCUAAUGUGCCAGGGUGCGGUGAUGAAGACAAAAUGUAUUUUCCAUCAAA